AUGAGAACUCGAAAAGCAGACAAUCCCAAAUCGCCCCCUGCGGCAAAAAGAACCCCGCCGGCUAGAAAAUCGGCAACUAAAACCCCUGCCACGCCACCACCCAAUGCUUCCCGGCAAUCAACAUCUGAACCCACGGUUACUCCUAAGCGUGCUUCCCUCCCUAGAGGGAAGACCAUGGCGACCAACGAUACCACGCCAACAACUCCAGAAACACCAGUUAGUGCAAUAAAACCACAGGCUGACACAGUCAAGGCAACUCCGGGAACAAGGUCUGGAAGUAAGAGGACUGUUAAGAAAGUGGUUAAAAAGACUGUUAUCAAGAAAAAACCUAAAUUGGCUGAUGCUAAGGCACAGCCUGAUUUAGUUGCAGAUGAAAACGAUGAUGAAUUACUCACAGAAAAAGAUAGUUUCGAGGAGGUGAAGGAUAUGGAACAUGCAAAGCAGCAAGAAUCUAGCCCAAGUGAUGCUAAAAACUCUAUCAAAGAGGAAGAACAUGAUGUUUGUAUGCCAUUAAAAGAUGAUGAAGAUACUAUGAAGGAUGUUGAAGAGGGGACUGAUGUUAAGCCCUCUGUUGAAACCUCUGAUUUAAGAGAUGUUGCAAAAGCCAUUGAUCAUCAAGAACCAGAAGUGGAUAUGAAAGAAGACAUGGAAACAAAAGAGAAGGAAAAUAAAGAAACCAUUGAUGAUAAAUCCUUAAAGAUCCAUCAACCCUUUGUAGAAGCUCGAAUAGAGGAAGAAGAGGAACCUGAGGAAGAACCCGAAGAGGAACCUGAAGUUGAGCAACUCAUUAAGAAUCAAGAAAUCAUCAUGGAAAAUGAGAAAAGAGUUGAGAUUGAAGAGGAGCCUGAAGAAGAACCUGAAGAGGAACCUGAAGAAGAACCUGAAGAGGAACCUGAAGUUGAGCAACUCAUUAAGAAUCAAGAAUUCAUCAUGGAAAAUGAGGAAAAAGUUGAGAUUGAAGAGGAACCCGAAGAAGAACCUGAAGAGGAACCUGAAGUUGAGCAACCGAUUAAGAAUCAAGAAAUCAUCAUGGAAAAUGAAAAAAAAGUUGAGAUUGAAGAGGAACCUGAAGAAGAACCUGAAGAGGAACCUGAAGUUGAGCAACUCGUUAAGAAUCAAGAAAUUAUCAUGGAAAAUGAGAAAAAAGUUGAGAUUGAAGAGGAGCCUGAAGAAGAACCUGAGGAGGACCCUGAAGUUGAACAACUCAUUAAGAAUCAAGAAAUCAUCAUGGAAAAAGAGCAAAAAGUUGAGAUUGAAGAGGAGCCAAUGGAAUGUAAUGAUGAUGAAGUUGAAAUGGAGAAAGAUAUAAAUGAAGAAGUAAAGGGAGAAGAAGCCCCACAAGAGCAUGUAUGCUCAAGUAAUGAAGAAAAGAACAAACACAAUGACAUUGACAAUGAUGUUAAUGAAAAAGAGAAAAAAGGUGAGAUUGAAGAGGAGCCAAUGGAGUGUUAUGAUGAUGAAGUUGAAAUGGAGAAAGAUAUGAAUGAGGAAGUAAAAAGAGAAGAAUGUCCACAAGAGCAUGUAUACUUAAGUGAUGAAGAAAAGCACAAAGACAACGAUAGUCGUGAAAAAGAGAAAAAAGUUGAGAUUGAAGAGGAACCAAUGGAAUGUUAUGAUGAUGAAGUUGACAUGAAGAAAGAUACAAAUGAGGAAGUAAAAAAAGAAGAAUGUCCACAAGAGCAUGUAUGCAUAAGUGAUGAAGAAAAGCACAAAGACAAUGAUAUUCAUGAAAAAGAGAAAAAAGUUGAGAUUGAAGAGGAACCAAUGGAAUGUAAUGAUGAUGAAGUUGAAAUGGAGAAAGAUCCGAAUAAGGAAGUAAAAGGAGAAGAAGAUCCACAAGAACGUGUAUGCUUAACUGAUGAAGAAAAGGACAAUGACACUGACAUUCAUGAAGAAGAUGACAAGGGUGUACAACAACAACAACAACAAGAGCAAAGUGAAACAAGAGAUGCCACAGAAGAAGAAGUAAAGAAAGCUUUUCAGUAUGUUGGUGAGGUUGUUGAUAUCCGAAUGCAUAAAGAACUUCCAACCAAUAAAAACAAAGGAUAUGCAUUUGUGAGAUUUGCUAAUAAGGAGCAUGUAGCACGUGCUUUAGCCGAAAUGAAAAACCCUGUUAUACAUGGAAAACGAUGUGGAACUGCACCUAGUGAGGACAAUGAUACUUUGUUCUUGGGCAAUAUCUGCAAUACAUGGACAAAAGAAGCUAUAAGACAAAAACUCAAAGAUUAUGGUGUAGAAGGACACCCUGAUGCCAUGCUGGCAUUCAAAAGGCUUCAAAAACCUGAUGCUAUAUUUGGUCACCCUGAUAAAACUGUAAAAGUAGCUUUUGCUGAACCCUUGCAUGAACCUAAUCCUGAGGUUUUAAAAGAGAUUAAAUCUGUGUUUAUUGAUGGAUUGCCACCUCAUUGGGAUGAUGACAUUGUUAGAGAAUAUUUAAAAAGUUAUGGUGUUAUUGAUCGGAUUAUGCUUGCAAGAAAUAUGUCAUCUGCUAAAAGGAAAGAUUUUGGAUUUGUUGAUUUUACUACUCAUGAUGCUGCUAUUGCUUGUAUUGAUGGGUUGAAUAAAAGAGAAUUGGGUCAUGAGAAAAUUAAAGUGAAAGCAAGGCUUUCAAAUCCUUCACCUAAAACUCAAGCUGUGAAAAGUGGAAUAGCUGGAGGCUUUCGAUAUGGUCAUGGAAAUGGUGCUUCCUUUCAAAGAGCUGGUAGGGGUUUUGGAAGAGGUCCAUAUCCUAACAACAAUAUGGAAUUUCCACGAGGUGGCAGAGGUCUCUAUCAACAUGGUCAACAUGGUCAAACCAGUAGAAUGGGUUAUACAGAGGAUUACCCGCCAGCUGGCGCUCAUCCUUCUUUCAGAGGGAGACAUGAUUUUAGACAAGGAGGGAGGUGGAAUAAUUUCCGGGGUCCACAUCAGCAAUCUCAAGGCCCUAUGCCAUUCCCACCUAGAUAUGAUGAUGAUCAUCAUCAUCAUAAUCAUAAUCAUCAUAAUCAUCAUCAUCAUCCUAUGCCUAUGAGAGGGCCACCAUUUAUGCCUGAAGAACAAUUCUACAGACCUUAUGAAGACCCCUACAUAUAUGGAGAUUCCUCACGUGGUCUAAAACGUCCUUAUUAUGCAGAGCAGGAUCCUGUGUAUAUGGAGCAUAGUAGAGUUCGGCCUCGUUUGGAUUACCCUGAGCCUCCAAAUUCAGCUCCUGCAUCUCAUUUAAGAGGAGGUGGUAGUGGCAUGCAUUCACGAGACUACUAUGAUAAUAAUAAUUAUGAUUAUGAGGGUCCAUAUUCAUCUUACUAUGGUGGUGGUGAUCAGCGGCCUUAUGGUGGCAAUCAACCUUAUGGAGGGCGAUAUUAUUAUUAAACUAUUUAACUAUUGGUGUACAAGAUUUGAAUUGCUGUGCUGGCAUGUUCUUCUCUCUCUCUCUCUCUGAAGGAAAGCCCUUUAAAAUCUUUUUUUUCUUUCCUUUCCUUCUCAAGUUGUUUGUUGUCUUCCAUGGCUUUCUUAGACACAUAUAUAUUGGGAGGUUAAUCUUUAAGAUAUGAUGAAGGAUUUUAGUCUUCUAAGUAAGAUGUUAGGUAUAAAUCUGGGAUCAGAUAUUAAGUGAGAAAGGUAAAGAUUUGAAGUAAAAUAGAAUCUAAGCCCUGUAGAUGAGACUUGUGGAUAUUGUGAAAUCUGGAAAUAAUACUCUUUAUGGAUUGUAUGUUUUAUAACAAGUGUUCAAAGUUCAAACAGUAUCUUUCACUUAAUGUUCUAAAGGUUUCUGGUAUGUUGAAGGACUUGUAACAACUUUUUAUAAGGAUUAGGAUUUGAUCAUUUUUGGGUGUUAUUUCAAGAAAAUAAGUUGAAUAUGACUAUGUUAUUUCAUACUUUGAGAAAUGAAUGUCUGAAUUAAGGCUUUUACAAGUGUCACUUGUCUUAGGGAUUGAUUGUAAGGUUGAAAAUAAGGUUUCUAUUAGUAAAUAUACAUGACAUGACAUGAUAGAAGAAUAUGGAGUCUGGUUUAGUUAUUUCCUGUAGGCUUGUAACUUGUUAUAGCUUCUUUUGCAUUGAAAAGGUAUUUUUGUUGGAGAAAUAGCAACCUACUUUAUCCUUAUAUAUAUAUAUAUAUAUAUAUAUAUAUAUAUAGCGAUGUAUGUACAUUUUU